CGAAAUGAUUUCAUGGUCAUGGAGCUGUUGGGACCAUCUCUGGAGGAUCUGUUCCAGUACUGUUCUCGCAGCUUCUCCUUGAAGACGGUAUUGUUGCUGGCAAUGCAGAUGAUCGAUCGAAUUGAACACGUUCAUAACAAGGAGUAUCUUCAUCGCGAUAUUAAGCCGGAUAACUUUGCAAUGGGAUCAUCGGCGAGGGACAAUCAAGUGUAUAUUAUUGACUUUGGUCUGGCCGAUAGAUACAUUAUUGGCCUUGAGAGAGUGCAUAUACCCUUUAAAACUGGCAAUAGCAUGACGGGCACUGCACGCUAUAGCUCGGCCAAUGCUCUUCGGGGUGUUGAGCUAUCACGUCGAGAUGAUUUGAUAUCUCUAGGAUAUAUCCUGAUAUAUUUUCUACGGGGCCAGUUGCCUUGGCAGGGUCUAAUUGGACCCGGGAGAAUCGAAAAAGUCAUCGAGAUGAAGCAAUCAAUUAAACCGGAAGAACUUUGCAAGGAUUGUCCCAAUGAAUUUGCCGAAUAUCUCAGCUACUGUCUCAUCUUGAAAUUUAAAAUGAAGCCGGACUAUGAGACCUUGAGACGCAGCUUGAGCGAUUUAUUCACGCGUAUGAAAUAUGUCAAUGACAACAUCUAUGACUGGAAUAAGAUCAACACCGAUAAAAAGGAGAAAUCCCCCGAUGAUAAAUAG